AUGAUGACAAUUCAGAAGAAGGCCUUCACACCAUCCAUUCAGGAAGGCACGAAUAUGCAUUCAGCUUCGAGCUUCCACAGACACCACUUGCUACCUCAUUCGAAGGCAGACAUGGCAGUGUGCGCUAUUGGGUGAAAGCCGAAUUGCAUAGGCCUUGGUUUCUACCAGUAAAAUUAAAGAAGGAAUUUACAGUCUUUGAACAUAUAGAUAUCAACACUCCUUCAUUACUGUCACCCCAAGCAGGCACAAAAGAAAAGACUCUCUGUUGUUGGUUUUGUACCUCAGGCCCAAUAUCCUUAAGUGCCAAAAUUGAAAGGAAGGGCUACACCCCAGGUGAAUCAAUUCAGAUCUUUGCUGAGAUUGAGAACUGCUCUUCCCGUGUGGUGGUGCCAAAGGCAGCCAUUUACCAAACACAGGCAUUUUAUGCCAAAGGGAAAAUGAAGGAAGUCAAACAGCUUGUUGCCAACCUGCGUGGGGAAUCCUUAUCAUCUGGCAAGACAGAGACGUGGAAUGGCAAGCAGUUGAAAAUUCCACCUGUUUCCCCUUCAAUCCUCGACUGUAGUAUAAUCCGUGUGGAGUAUUCACUGAUGGUGUAUGUUGAUAUUCCGGGCGCCAUGGAUUUAUUCCUUAACUUACCACUGGUCAUUGGUACCAUUCCUCUGCACCCAUUUGGUAGCAGAACAUCGAGUGUGAGCAGCCAGUGUAGCAUGAACAUGAAUUGGCUUAGUCUGACACUGCCUGAAAGACCAGAAGCACCUCCUAGCUAUGCAGAAGUGGUCACGGAGGAACAAAGACAGUCCAGCCUUGCACCCAUAGGUGCUUGUGAUGACUUUGAGAGAGCGCUUCCAGGACCAUUGUUUGCAUACAUCCAGGAGUUCCGUUUUCUGCCUCCACCCCUCUAUUCAGAAAUUGAUCCAAACCCAGAUCAGCCCACAGAUGACAGACCAUCUUGCCCCUCUCGUUGAAGGAAUCCAUAAAAAGCUGACUUGGGUUUUGAAUCGUACCUGCCGUGUUGAAGGUCAAGGCAUCAUAGUGGAGACACACUUUCAGAGGAGGUGGCUUUGCUCUUGCCUAUAUGGUGAAUAAAUGAAAACAACCUGUGAUCAUGCUUUGCAGCCUACAGUAACAUUGUAGGACUGCUCCACAUGCUUGAAGACCUGAGCUUUUUUUUUUUCCCCCUCCCCUUAAAUACUGGCACAUACUAGGAGCAGCCUUACUAACCUACAGUCAUGUGUGUCAAAACACUCAAACUACGUUGUAAGAGAGGGAUGGCUUCCUCUUAUGAUUUGGAAGUUUGCACAUGCUCAUUGCUUACGUUGUGCGGUUCAGUGUCACUACAGCUUUUUCUCAUUUAUGCUGGACUGUUGUUACCCCCCUCUUACUUGUUUGUGGUCCGCACAAUAAGGAGCAAAAGAAAGCUUUGACAAAAAA